AUGGCAGGUGAGCUGGAGGAAGCUGAGGAAGCUGUGGAGGAGAUGGCUCCUGCACCUGUUCCUGUACCUGCUGCUCUGCUAGCACUCAUAGCUCGAUCAACUGGUGGAGCAGUUCGACCAAUGGGAGGCUUGAUUGCUAUGGAUAACCAGUUCGUUGCAAAGAUAUAUUAUUUAGCGGCAUAUUUGUCAUGGAAGAGUAGAAACUAUGUCAAGCAUGAGGCUGAAUCGGCGGAUGGAUCGGCCACCUAUCAAUCAUAUUACUCCCUCCUGGGGAUCCGCCGCAACGCUUCCCUCGCCGAAAUCCGCGUGGCCUACAGAAAGCUUGCCCUGAAGUGGCAUCCGGAUAGAAGGGGUAAGGAUUCACCGGAAGCGGCGGGGGAGGCGAAAUUACGGUUCCAGAGGAUCCAAGAAGCAUAUUCUGUCCUAGCGGAUAGUGGGAAGCGUGCGAUGUAUGACGUUGGGCUCUUCGAUCCCUUUGAUGAUGACGAUCAGGAUUUCAGCGAUUUCAUGGGGGAUUUGCUGUCAAUGAUGGAGUCUAUGAAGCCCGAGAAGCCGGAUACCCUAGAAGAUCUUCAGAAGAUAUUUAAUGAGAUGGUCAACGGGAUGGAGAUGGGACUAGGGCCGUCUUUUGGACGGAAAAGGGCACGUGUUGAAUGAAUCUCGGCGAAGCGGUUGGGGCUUCUUCUCUGCUUGAUGUGGGCGAAAUCGUGUGGAAGUGUUAAUUGUGUUGAAUUGUAUUCACUAGUGACUCGGUUUAGUUGAAAAAUUAGAAGUAAAACACUGGUUACUCAUGUUUUCAAUUAUUUCUAGGGAUUAUUUUUGGGUUAAUUGUUAUGCAACGUUUGAUUCUUCUAUUAUUUGUUAAAUUAAGGAAUUUGAAAAUGAAGUUAGUUGAAA